CUUUCCCUUUUCAUUCAAUUUCAUUUUGGCUACUUCAUCCGCUGCCCUCUCUGCUCCAUCUCUAUCUCGAUCUCUCAGCUGCAAGACACUGCUCUUUCUCGAUCCAUUCAGCAUAAACCCUCACACACACAAUCAGACGAUCAAACAUAAACCCUAGCGCACACAAUCAGACGAUUCUUGACCAAGGAGAAAGACCGUGUCUCGCCGCCGAUUCUCCUCUUCCGGUUUUCUUCUUCGGCCAAUUCUCUGGCCGAAGUUCGGUCUCUCUCUCGGAUUCUCCUCUUUUUCCUCUGUUCUCCCUUGGGAAGGAUAAAUAAUAAGUUGACAAUGAAACGAACGGUUAGUGAAGUGGAAAAAGUAAGUGAACAAAAUACUGAAGCUUCAACUUCAAAAUCAUCCCAACCACAGCUGAAGAAGAGACGGGGUCCGACACGAUGCAAGAAUGUCAUAGACGCGAAAACCUUAUUACCAAUAAGGGUUAAUAAGUUUGGACAGCCGAUCGGUCCUGGGAGUGGUACAUAUACUAAUUAUCUGGGAACACUUGCCCGGAAGGGUGAAUUAGCUCCUUUGUGCUACAAAACUUGGUGGGAGAUGCCUAAACGACUGAAGGAGGAUGUGUGGAACAUUGUAAAGGGAAAUAUGAUGUGGGAAUCAUGAUAAAACAGUGGACAAUAUCCUCCAUCGGGAAAAAAUGGAGGGGGUACAAGUGUGAGUUGAAAAAUGAAUACUACUUAGUUAGGGAUACAGAUGAAGAAAGAUUGGCAAACCCACCACCUAAUGUUGAAAAGGAGCAUUGGGAAUUUUUGGUUAGGCAUUGGGGUACGCCUAUGGCGAAGGAGGUCAGCAAAAAAAAUAAAGAACGUCGUGGGAAGCAGACAAUGAUGCAUAUUACGGGGACAAAAAGCUUUGCACGUGUUUCUGCCGAGAUUGAGGAAGACGAAGGUAUUCAGCUUUCUCGUGCAGAUUUAUUCAUCCACACACAUGUAAAUAAGGAUGGCAAAGCUACUGAUGCUGCUGCUUCGGAGAUGAUUGAAAACAUAAGAUAACUUCAAAGUUACUCUGACUCGCCUAUUGGCAGCUCCAAUGAUUUGUUCUCCAUUGUGAGGGGAGAAGAGAGAACUGGUCGUGUGCGGAUGCUUGGCUUCGGGCCUGCACCAAGCGAUGUUUGGGGCCCUCUCCUAGUAAAGCUGAAUUGAUUAAUAAUGCUAAAAUAUCUUAGGAGGAGGCACGUGUUACAUGUGUAGAGUUGCAGGAGACGAUUUAAAAAAUGCAAGCCGACUAUGACAAUAAGUUGGAAAAUUUACGAGCCAACUACGACGACAAGUUGGAAAAUUUACAACAACAGGUGGCUAUGCUAAUGCAGAUGCAACAACAAAAUUGUAGUGGACAGGUAUAUUUAUUAUUAGUUUUACUCUUUACUAAAUAUAUGUUUACUUAUGCCAAGAUUUCAUGUAUUUUGUUUUGUUAUUUUGAAGGAUUCUGAUUCUUUAAAUGCUCCUCCUAGAGUAUCCCCAAAUCCAUUUUCUAGUCGUGAUGCCAAUUCAGUUAAGGUUAUGAACUUUUAAUUUCUCUUAUAUAUAUGUUAAAUUUUCAUUUAUUAUAAUGUGCGCUUAAUGAAUUUAUAAAAAAUAUUGGGUAAUUCAAAUCAAAUGGGCAAGAAGACUUGUUGAAGUUGAAGUUGAAGAUGGGGUCGUGGCUGUACUUUUUGAAUUUCCUUCGCCUUGGAUGGGUUCUUUUUGAAAAACUUGUAUUACAUUUGUUAAAAAUUCUUAAUUCUUUUUGUGUGACAUUUAGUACCUUUAUCUAGACAAUUUGGAUGGUAUUUUCAUAUUGGCAGGUUAACUUGUGGUUGUAUUAGUAUACAUUUUUUACCAAUUUAACUUGUGGUGGUAUUAGUAGUCAA